AUGGUUUCGUUACAUGAGAUAAUGCUGCAGAAAUCAGCUUUUCUUCACAUGUCAACUUCAAUUCCAUCGCUAGAUGCGCUUUUGACAGCCAAUAAAUCUAAUGGAAUAUGUGAUUUCCAAAGUGUACCUGGAUGUAACGCUGCUUAUUCUGUCGUUUCAACGAUAAUGAUCUCACAUCUAAAGAAUGGAGGAAGAGUGGUGGUUGUGGACUGUUGGAGUCUGUUUCCAUUGCAACUCUUAGAAGAAGACGCAGAUUAUGAUGAAAGUUGGGAUAGCAAAAUAAUUACAUACUCUACUGACACCUUUGCGAAGCUUCUCGCGCUACUCAUUAGCGAUAAGUUGUCUCUGGAGAAUGGUCGCACGAUGGUCGUAAUCAACCAAUUUCAUGAACUUGUCGAAUUGUAUCGUCUUGAAUUAAAUUCUGCUUACAAAGAAAUGCUUCUUAAAAUUCAGAUCUCUCAAAAUGCAACAGUGCUUAAUCAAAAGGAGAGGAUUCGAACAGAGGGUCCUGGAUCUGCCCCUCCGUUGCUCGAAUUGCCCCCACAAUCUGAUCUUCGAAGAGUUAGCCCAGGUAAAAAAUUUCAAAGUCAUUUGAGUGCGCUAAUCAACAUGAUAUCCAACUUGGCGUAUAAAAAUGGUCUGAUGUGUAUUUUAAUGGGGACACUCACUACGAAAUAUGAAAAAUAUUCUAUGAAACCUAGAUACCAAUCACAAUCUAGCAGCCAGAGCUCAUCUAUCUCACCUCCUUCUUCAAGUUCGCUAUCUUCUUUAAAUCAAGUGCCAUCAAAAGGAAGAGUCGUACUUACACCUUAUUUGAGCUCUGGUUCAAUACCCGCGUUUUCAUCUGAUUGCAUAAUUGAUUCAUUUUUGAGUUUCCGAUUGGUAUUCUACAGGGAUUGGUAUCAUAAUUCACCAGAUUUUGAAGCAAAGCGUGAUCAACAAGGUAUGACUUUGCCUUUAGAUCAAUCACUAUUGAAAGCGGUCUUUGUUGUAGAUCUUUUCAACCCACAAGCGUCUCUCAAAGCUGUAUCCAAAGUAUAUUUUGACUAUGAUUCAAACGAUACCAAAAAUAAAUUUAUUGAUCUUUCGACCUCAAAUUUACAGGAAGCUGAUAACGAGCCAAAUAUCUCAAGAACAGAGGUGGAUUCGCCCUCAAAUGACCUACCACUCGGUUCAAAAACAAGCGCACUACCUAUUCCGUCAUCUCCAAAUUUGACAGAGAGUCAAGUGGGAGAAUUGUUAAACACGACCGAUAGUUUUAAUAGACCUGAAGAUUUAUCUGACAGUGCUUCAAGAUGUGAGCUGGUUAUUGAAGCUUCUGAUGAGGAGAAUGCAACAUUACAAAUUUGA